AGAUUUUUAAAAACAAAAAUCCUGCUAUCACUUCACCUUGAAAUUGCAAUGGAAUUCAAGCAAAUCACAUAAGAGCUGUUUAUUGGGUUAAAAUAUAAAACUCUAUUAGACAACUGAUUUGAAAACACCAAGAAUUUCACGGUCCAUGAAGUUGCACAGCCAAAAAAUAACAAAAACACAAAAAACCCAAAAAAGGAAGACUGACCUGCUGCUGGGCCCAGAGUACACCACAAACAAAAGCACACUAAUGGGGGAGGAGAAGAGACACAAUUUUAAUCACUUUCCAUAAUAAACGAAAACGGAAGAAAAACUGCCAGCAAAACCGGAAAAGAAAAACUCAACCCAAACGAGGGACUGAAAGACACUCCGGAAACCUGGCCAUUAUCAAAAAGGAAACAAGCAUAACCAACGUUAACCCUCCCACAUUGAUGGGUGCGCUUUACCCAAUGACCACAAAUGCAAAACUAUUGCCAACAUGAAUAUGGAUCCCUCGCAGCAUCAACAAUACUCCCUGGUCUCUGGAAUACCGGCACCCCCACAAGGCUCAUCCUCCGCAAACUCGCUAUGCACCACGGCCAUGUCGUCUUCCCUCAACUCCAGCGGGGAGUAUGUAAAUGUACCCUCAUCAUAUGUGACAAUAGGCAUGAUGCCACCACCACCCACCUCUUCGGGUGGGUCCAUGAUGGCCACAAACAUAUCAACGCCCAACUCAUCGACAACGACAUUUAAGACACCUUUGCUGCCCAUGCCCACCUUGGAAGACAUUGAGGGUGGCCUGGGCCCCAGCAAUACAGGGCAAACAGGCAUGCCACCGGGCAUUUUGAAAUAUCCCACGUCAACGUCAAGUGCGGUCAUUAUGCCUCCACCACCACAAGGCAUGGGACCGGGGCCACCACCACCUCCAUCAGCUUCCUCCAUGACAGCACUGACAUCGCCUCCGCCGCCUGUUGGAUCCAAUAUGUCCUCGCAUCAUGCCUCCUCACCCCUAGUAUCAGCUGCACAUAUGUCAAUACCACCGCCACCUAGUAAUUUAUCCUUGGGUCCAACCUCGGCAGUGACGGCCCUCCCUACCGGCUCCUUGGUGGAUGCCUCAACAUGUGGUACCCUUAAGAGUUCUGCCAAAUUACAAACACCCGCCAACCUGAAUGCAGCAGCAGCAGCAUCAGUCGCCUCAGUGUCAGUGUCAUCAUCAACAUCUGCACCCUGCGCCGCCUCAGCCAUUGCGGUGCCCAGCAAUUGCACCAACAUCAACACACCCAGCAGCAGUACAGUGCCUUUGAAUCUUCACAGUACCACUGCCAACUCCAGCAAGACAAGCAGUAGAAGUAAUUUACAUCACCGACCCGCCUCACCGAAAUGUUGCUCCUGCUUUGGUGGUGGUGGUGGUUCAUCGUCGUCAGGGCCAAACAAUCGAGGAGGACGUAACUCAACCAAAUCCUCAUCGAUAUCAAUGAAAUCGUCGGCCAACAACUACACGCACAAGAAAGGACACAAAGGCCAUAGUCGUCGCAAUGUGCAGACCUUUUGGUCGGCUGUGCUAACCAAUUUGGGCAUUUGUGCUUUAUUAUUGGCCUAUACGCUUUUGGGUUCUUUUAUAUUUUUAACAAUUGAAAGUGAGGAUGCUACACUGCUGCAACAACAACGAACAUUGGCCUCGACCAAAAGGAAUAUUUCGCCACACCUCAAGCAGGCGACAAGCACAACAACGGGGAAUAGUGGCGGAGCAACCAAUAGCAACAGCAACAACAACAACCUGUAUCAUACACAACAACAACAGCAGCAGCAUGUAGACAAUGGAACAAUGAAUGCAAUUGGUGCGGGUUAUACAUCAUCAUCAUCAUCCUCAGCAUCAUCAGCAUCCUCGUCCAUGCCUCAAAUGAUGGAGGGCAUGAUAUCAUUGAAUAACAAUGAUUUCAAUUAUGGUGAUGACUUCACACCUCAGUACGCCUUAUCACCGGACACUUACGAUGUACGCCAAAGGACUAUAGAAAAUAUAUGGGACAUAACAGUUUCCUUGAAUAUUUUAUACAAGGAGAAUUGGACAAAAUUGGCAGCUCUGGAAAUUGCUAAAUUUCAAGACCAAUUAAUUAAGAGACUGAAUGAAGAUGCCAUGGUGCAAUUAUCGCACGACACCGAUGUUAAUGGCCAAACACCGGCUACGGAAGCCGUUCUACUAUUCCAUCAGCAUGGCUUGUCGCCGCACCAUCAUCAUCACCAUCACGAAUGGAAUUUUGCCAAGGCCUUCCUCUAUUCGUUAACGGUAUUGACCACAAUUGGUUAUGGCAACAUAGCUCCACGCACCACUUUGGGACGUUUGGUAACGCUAGCCUACGCCUUCUUUGGCAUACCCCUAACACUGGUUUAUCUCUCGAGUACGGGCGGCAUUUUGGCCAAAGUGGCCAGAGAGGUUUUCUCCAAGGCCCUAUGCUGUUGCCUUUGUUCCAAUUGUGGCUACUGUUGUUACGAUGAGAAACGCAUGGCCGAAAAGGAGAGACGCAUGAAACGCAAACGCCAGCAGGAGGAGAUGCGCAAACAACAGCAGGCUUUGCAAGAGCCCUACUACGUUAGAUCGGGAUCCAUGCCGGAUAAUUUUCAAACACCUGAAAAACAAUCACUGGGCAAUGCGAGCAUACAAAUGCCAGAUUUGGAUUCUUUGAGUGCCAGCGAAUCGCGAGGCAGUAUGCAUGGUCUGGCCAUAUUGGCUCCCAUACUCUUGUGCUUUUGCAUGAUGAUCAUUUAUAUACUGUUUGGAGCGGUGGUGCUUUAUCGCCUAGAGGAAUGGCCUCUAUUGGAUGGCAUCUAUUUUUGUUUCAUGAGCCUAUCCACCAUAGGUUUUGGUGAUAUGAUGCCAGGAUUUCGCCGAGAUUCCAAUACCACCAUAUGGUUUUGUUCCAUCUACAUAAUGUCGGGUAUGGCCUUGACGGCCAUGUGUUUCAAUGUCAUACAUGAGGAGAUAGUGAAUCGCAUAAAAUUUGUGGUGGAAUUUAAGAAAUCAACGAAUUUGGAUACAACGAAUGAUGAGCCGGGCUAUUAUAUGCCACCUUGACAGCCAUAUGAGAAGAAACAGAAUCUGUAUCAACGAAAUCCCACCGAAGAGACUUUGGUAACAGGCACUCCCACCUCUUUGGUCUUUGGUCCACAUGGCGACUCGGAUUUGAGCAAUAUGCACAAUUUAAAGGAUUAUGUUAAUCAUGAGCUAGUGCCUAUACUAACUAUGGACCCCAAUGCCGCGGCCACCACUUCAACCACUCUACUGAAGUCCAGUGUAAAUUUACCCCUAACUGCAACAGCCUGCGGUUCGGCCAAUUCACCGCCCAAUUCUUGCAGCAUGCUCAACAAUAUGGGCAGCCCUUUGAUGGACAAUUUAACACCCACCACCCAAUCCUCUUUGGACUCCUCCACGGGGGGUAAUCAUGCCCUCAAAGGAGUCUACACGCUGGCCGAGGAACCCGAGCUAGAGGCCCAAGAAACUCAAAUAGAUCGUAUUUAAAUGUCUUAGUGAUCACAAAAAAAAAGGUUUAAACAGUGUAAAUAAAAAUUUCAUACAUUUAGGUAGUGUCUAAAGUUUAAUAUAGGCCUAAAUUUAAAUAAAAAAAAAAAAACUUGAUGAAAAAAAUUAGAAAAAUAUUUAAAAAAAAAAAUAAUAUGACUGAUAACUGCAACCUAACAUAUAUUCAUAUUUAAAUAGUAAACCUUGAAAACAAAAAAAUUUAUUACCUAAGGAAAAAAAAACAUCAUCUGAAAAAAUUUCUCAAAAAAAAACUUUUUAUUGUAAAAACCUAAAGAAUUUCAGAAAAUAUACUUUUUUAAGAAAAAAGUCUCCAAGUUCCCCCUCCCCGCAAAACAAAAAACUUAAAACUCAAAAACAAUCCCAUAAGUUUUGUACUUCUUUGGUUAAAAAUUCAACAACAACAAAACCACUAAAAUUUAGCUAAAAGUUAAGUUUGUGUAACUUAGAUUUAAAUAAAUUAAUAAAUAAAGUAGUUUUUAACAUUAAUAUGAAUAAAUAUACAAGAGAACAAGAAAAAAUUAUUUCUAAAAUAAUAAACAAACUAAAAAAAAAUAUUAAAUAUUUCAUAGUAUCCCAGACAAGACAAAAAAGUUGUUAAAAUAUCCUGAAGGACAAACCAAAACACACAAAAAUUUAAAAGCUCAAAUAACCCCCUCCCCCUUAAAUAACUAGGAAUUUCAUAGCAAACAACCACAACCACACCACAACAACAACAACAAAGAAAACAAUUAAGUAAAACUUGUGUAAAUGUAUAAAAAUUAAAAAGUAAAAAAAAAAAAAACAAAGACAACUAUUAAAAAUCAGAUUAAUAAAUAAUUGAAUUACCAAUGAAA